AUGGCUCGACUCGAUGCUCGGGCCUGCGCCUCCUCAUCCUUCAACCCUUCAAAGACGCUUAUCAUCAAGGGUUCACCGUACAUCUCUCCCUCCUCAAUCUCAAUUCAUCCUCGCCUUAUCUCGUGGGCUUCGAUCAUCGCGACUCAGGCCAUCUUGCCCUCAUUCCAA